GGCGCGGUGAACAUUGCGAACGAGCGACCUCGACAAGGUCACCCCGGCAUCACCCUGGCUAACGACCUGUCCGGAGGUACCGGGGGACCCGGUGCCGGCGGCGUCGGUUCCGUCGGCGGCAGCUCCGUCGGCGGCGGCGGCGGCGGCGGCUCAUCGUUGCCGACGACCGCCCUCAGCCUCGACCAUCAGCAGUUCAACAUAUUCCCGGCGAUCUUCAGCAGACAGCUGAACUUCUCGGCGGCGGCGGCCGCGAACUGCGGCCAGAACAAGCUGAUGGACGAGCUGAGGCCGAACCUGGGCCUCCUCGGGGUCGGACUCGUCGAGAACGACAGCUUUCAUCUGAACCACAACCAGGAGAAAAGGAAGUGCAGCAGCGCCAGUUCCAACGAACAGGAUUUCGGCUUGUACGGUGUGCACCAGGGACUCGAGGCGAGCCCGCCAACACCGGCCGCGACCCCCGGCAGGAGCAGCGUCGGGGCCACUUCCACCGUUGGAGCGGAAGGAGCUUUCAAAAAAUUAAAACCGGAUCCUUGUGCUUCGAGUCCACAUAUUGGUCACACUCCCACCACUGCAAGUUGUCCGACACCUGCCCGACGACGACACAGGACUACCUUUACACAGGAGCAGCUGGCAGAAUUGGAAUCGGCAUUCGCAAAAUCUCAUUACCCGGACAUAUACUGCAGGGAGGAAUUGGCGCGAUCUACUAAAUUGAACGAGGCCAGGAUCCAGGUCUGGUUUCAAAACAGAAGAGCAAAAUACCGGAAGCAGGAGAAGCAGCUCCAGAAAGCCUUGACUCCGAUUCCCGCUUGCCAAGGCGCCAUGAUGAGAAACAUCUACCCCGGCGCUAGCAGAGGCUAUCAGCCCUAUCCUCAUCCUCAUAAUAGCAUAAACGGGAUAAAUCGCUACCCACAGAUGGGCACAACGUCUUAUCCGAGUAUGACACAACCGUUCUCCAUGUCGCAUUCCGCAUCGAACAUGUCGGCGGUCACUGGUAUGAGACAAGACGCAAUGGGUAUGUCAGCGGAGGACGAGUGGUACAACAAAAGUAUCUCGGCUCUAAGAAUGAAUACCGCUCAUCAUCCGAAUCUCGCUGCUCCGAUGCUACAGUACCAAACAUAAUUGUAAACGCAUGCACGCAAGCUAUACGAGAAAUUCCGAAGCUAUUCGAGCACGAUGCAACGUCGCUAAAUCGCAUUGCCAAAGAACAGGAGAGAGAAACCGCCAUUAAAACCAAAGACGAGACACACAGAGAAUACCGUAUUUCUAAGUACCACCAAAGAGGAAACUUCGAGGCUUCUCGCGAAACGAGAGAGAGAAUGAGAGAGAGAGAGAGAGAGAGAGAAAGAGAAAAAGAGAAAGAAAGAAAGAGAGAAGCGAAAUUUUGAAUUUGGCGCCGCGAACGUUCCAAACGGGCGCGCCAAUCAUUUCAAAUCUGGUCUAAAUAAUUUGUUCAUUAUGCUAGAGGAAAUCGAUUCCGAUCGGUAACUCGUAAACGUGGUCAUUCGAACAGGAGAUUCAGUCGUAUUGUUAAUAAUAUUUUGGUACGCUAGUUUGUUAAUUAAUUCUCACCCGGUAGAUACAUACACGUAAUUAAAAGCAUCCUCCGUUGAUUAGUGCGUCGAGGGCUUUCCGUGCGGGCUGCGAGCGACACGAAUUGUUAUAUUGUUUAAAUAAUAUUAGCACAGAGUUAUUUCACGGAACAUUGAACGUUUAAUCAUUUUCGCGAACAAUUUCGGUACUUCGUGAACGUGCACGUUAAAUUCACCGAUCAUUAUCACCGCACGAAACCGCUGAUUGUUGUUAUCAAUGAAACAAUUAUUAUUAAUUAUCAUUCGAACGGCAAGUGUGCAUAAAUAUGUAGCACGAAACAAUUCGGUUCGUUCGUUCGCUGAACGCGGUGAAAUAGUUCGCGGUGAAACAUUUCUUGCAUCCUGCAGAAGGCGCAACGGUACCAAUUAAUUUUCCAAUCGACAAACCCGAGCAGUAUUCAUUAUGUUGCCAUUAAUACAAUUAAUUUGUUACGUCGGCGCCGAUCGAUUUCGUGCGAAACCGAAUAAAUAAAUUAUAAUUAUAUACAUAGACUUACAAUGAAAUUACAUAGAAUACGAAUGUAAUUACGGUUCAAUUAUAACGUAAUUGUAUAUUUAAUUUCGACGCAUGUAAUUAUGAUUUAUUUAUACACGUACGUACCAUGUAUACACGUAUUGCACCGACGUCGAUGACAAUUGUAAUUUUAAGUAUAUUAUUUAAGUGUUACGUCUUUCGUUUUCUUUUUUUACUUCCACUUGAUUUUCGCGCAUGGUAUUGCUGUAAACGCUGAGACGAAAGCGUGACGACGAUGUUUAUUGUUUGAGAAAUUUUCUACCGAGAAUCGACAAGCACAAAAACGCGACAUGCGUGGGCGUGAGAACAUUGUCCCACCCGUGGGAUCCUUGAUUAGUUUCUUAACAACGAUCGAGAACUAACGGUUUUGUUAACGGAGGUAACUGUAAAUAAGGGAGAGAAAGAUAGCGAGAACGAGAGCGAGCGAGAGAGAGAGAGAGAACGAGAGAGAGAGAGAGAGAGAGAGAAAGAGAGAAAGAGAGAGAGAGAGGUACAUAUACAGUGUAAUCAACAGGUACUCUAGCAUAUGCGAUUUUUCAAUGUCCUUUUAAAAAUGUAAGCAUACCUAUCCUUAGUGGAGAACAAUUUAGGCAUUGAUUUGUGUGCUUAUGUUGGCCAGAGUUUUCAAUAAUCGGAGUGGAGGGGGUAGCUGAGGGUAACUGACGAUCCUUGCGUUCGAAAUUUGAGGGGCGCCGGGCCACAAAUUCUCGAAAGAAAGUCAAAUUAGCUUUUACGUUGAACCACACGUUUUGUAUUCGACGAUUUUUUAGAAGUUAUCGUUCAAUUUUUACCAAUUUUUUUCUGUCGAUCGAUGCGGCAGUUUGGGGGUAGUUUACACCCACUGUACAAAUUAUUGAUUCGUGUAAUUAAUUGAUGUCUAUGUUCGAACGAGAUGCGUUGUUCUCGAGAAAGAUAGUUGUUGAAAAAUCUGGAGAAAAAUGCUGAGUGUACGAUGGAGAGUAUUGAUAACAUCUGAGAUUACAUUACAAAAUUUUUAAAUGCAGCAGAAUGAUUUUAAAUCUCCGGCUUUUAAUUACUCGGUUCGAGAAUUGCUCUGUUAUAAUUUCCAUAUGUCUGUUCAUUUUUCUAGUUAACCGCGUGUUAAUUGAUUAAGGGUAGUCUAGCGAAUAGGGUGGACGCUGGCCCUGGCGCCCCUCAGCGGUGAUAUUUGGAGUCUGUCCAAUCAACAAUCCUCUAUAUUGGUGUCAUUUUUCGAUAAGUGUCUAAUGCAUAUAUUGAGCGAGGUAUGAAAAGCUGCAGGUGUUACGAAACUGCAUUGUUUUCAUGUAGUUUUAACUGCGAAUCUUAUUAUUAAAAGAAAAUAACAAAAAGAAAAAAAAGAUAUCACUCGCGGCGUUCGACGCGAAAUGUUCCUAAAAAUUUGUAACAUAUCACACGAGAAAAUAUACGAGGGAAGCGGAGGCAAAAAAAAAA